UUAGCCCGUGACAAUCCGUGCAAUCAGCUUGCAAUCAACUACAGCAGGACACACUCUCCACUGUGAGUUUUCCGUUUUGAAAUUUUUUGGUCUAUUUCUUUUCUAUUCUUUCCAACACCUUGAAAUUCGCUUAAUUUUUCAUCCCAUUUUCUAUUUGAAAAAUUUUGAAUAACUUUUGAGAAAAUUAUCGCAGAUUUUCAAAUUGUUGGUAGUUUCUCCUUCACGGGCUAUUUGAAAGACCUAACGGUAGUUGUAGCAUGUUUCCCUUAUGUAACCAGUAGACAAAGAAAGUUAAAAGGAGGCAUCUAUCCUUAUAGUUAACAAAAUUUAAUACGUUUAAAGGAAAUGGCUUUUUUUUGUUGUUGGUUGCCUUUUAAAUGGAUUCGAAAAGUGGGGGGGAGGAGAUGGGGGGGGGUCGAUAAAAGAAACACAAAAAUAUGAAGUCCAUCCAUGUCUAAAGCGGACCGAGUUGGUUCAAUGACCUCCGCUUGUGCUCAUCCUGGGCAUCUCUUCGAUGCGCUCGUGACCUCUAAAAAAAGGAGGAAAAAAGUCCAUUUUGUUGGCCAGGAGAGUUGGUUUCUUCUUCUUCAGAGAACGCGGAAAUCUUCUUAGCCAUCUUGAAUGUGUUGGUGGUUGGUGAUGGAAACUUGAAACCGUGCCCCCAAAUGCCAACACAAAAGAAAAGGAGGAGAGUAGAGUACCUUUAGUCCGGUCGUAGCAAUGAACCCCCCCAUCUCUCUCCCACCUUUUUGUGUCUGGAUGGAUGGAAGAAACGUGGAAUGAGCACCUAGACUUGUUGACCUGAAUUGCAAAUGACUCUCCUACCCAUCUUCUUCUUUAUCCGCUGGCUCCUUCAAGCUUUUUUCUGGGUUCGUGUAAUAAUCGUUCAAGGGGGAGGGAGCCCAAAGAAAGGGCCAGGUGGGUGUAGGCAUUGCUCUUGUGUGUGUGCUAUUCACCCGAUGGGGCCAUCGGGCAUAUCCGCUUCGGAUGGCCCAUGUAUGGAAAAGCCCGGGGUAGGUGCUGCUGCUGCCCAAGGAGGAGGCGAGUUGUAGGAUGAGGAACAGGUAGUAGUUGUUAGCCACCACCAAGAGUUCAAGGUCACGGUCAGGUUUCCACCCAACUAACGGUUCCUCCUCCCCAACUCCUACUACCUCCCUCCUCCUUCUUCUUCUUUCUUAACCUAACGACCCAGUCACGAUCCGGAUGGUCAAGUCACUCACCACUUGAUUUCCAUCGACUGCGGACGUCUUUUCCCCCCUUCUGCAGUUUUCAAUUUUUGCUGAUUCCGCAAACGCAGCCAACAACAACAAACCAGAAAAUGUCUUGCCGAUUGGGUGCUAUCGCCCUCGUCCUUGCGCUCUGCGCCGUCUCCGUCCACUCGCAGGUGUGGGGCUAUGUCUCGCAGAGCUUCUCCCUCGUCCGCUCCGACAUCCUCGAGGCUGCCGACUACGAACUAGUGGCCAACAUCUCCAACCGCGAUGCCGGAGAGAACUACGAAGAGCGUCUGUACCCCGCCAGCAAAUGGGCCUGCACUGCUCGCACCGUCCCCAAGACUGAGAGCUCACCCACCCGCAGCAUGUUCGUCGACCUCUUCCGAUACUUUGCCGGAGACAACUCUGACAAGAAAGAAAUUGAUUUGACUGUUCCAGUCAACACCUUCGUCCAGCAACGCGACAAUGAUGUCACCUACUACGAGACUUGCCUCACCUUGCCCAAAAAGGUCCAGUCCGCUGCCCCCAAGCCCAACAACCCAUCCGUUUUCUUGGAUGAGAAACCCGAAAUGGUCAUCCUCACCAGACGCGUGAGCGGCUACUUUAUCACCGACACUGCCUGGGAGGAGGAGGCCAUCAGCCUGAAGAAAGUGCUCAAGGAAAAGGUGCCCGAGGCCGACUACCAGAGCUAUUACCGCAAUGGAUACGAUGCCCCCAUGAGGAUAUUCAACCGCCGCAACGAAGUUUGGUUCAGGAAGACCGGUGAAGCCGCCCAAAAGACCAUCGAAGACUACAAGAAACGCCAGGCUGAGAAGGCCGUCGUCGCAACCGUCGUCGCUGCCGCCGCCGCCGAUGAGGAGAAGAAACCCGCCGCCGAUGACAAGAAACCCGUCGCCGAUGAGAAGAAACCCGUAGCCGACGAGAAAAAGACCACCGACAAGAAGACGGAAGACAAGAAGACGGAAGAGAAGAAAAAGGUCGAGGAGCCUAAAAAGGACGCCGCUCAAAAUAGAGAAUAAAAACAGAAAAUCCGGGCGUUGAUCGUUUUUUCGGUUUUUGCGAGAUGUUGAAGUUGUUUUGUUUUUUUUUAAUUAUUAUUAUUUUUAUUCAAAUCCUCCUGCCCCCACCCCAAUUUAGUGCGGAAGAGAGCGUCCCUUAAUCUCUUUGAAGGGCGUUGUGCUGUGCAGCAAGACAAACUCUUUUGGCCAUUAAUUUAUUCCAGAUAUUCUAUCAAUGUACAAUUUCUAUUUUACCCAGUUGAACUCAGCUACGCUGUCAAGAGUGUGUGUUGCCAAGUGGGUUCUCCUUUUUUCAACUUUUUUUGUUUCAAGCCCUUCCUACCAAAACCCAAAACAGGGUCGAGUGGUCAUUUCUUUUCUACUUUCCCCUCCUUUUGGCCAACCAAAUGCCAAUAUAUUUAUACAUCGAUUCAUUUUGUAUGUGUUGCAUACUCUGGCUUCUCUAGUGAGGGCUUUUCAAAAUACACCUCUUUUCGAUUACAAACCUAAA